AUGACACAGACUAAUCAAAUUCGUCCAUCAAAUUCACCUUGGUCGUCUCCAGUUAUUAUUCACAAGAAAAAGGAUGGUGGUAUUAGAUUUUUAGUGGAUUAUAGAAAAUUAAAUUCGGUGACCAAAAAAGAUUGUUUUCCUCAACCAACAGCUGAAGAAUUAUUGCAUCGAUUAGGCGGUCAUCGUUUUUAUACAAAAUUAGAUCUUAAAUCAGGUUACUUUCAGCUUCCAAUACACGAAACAGAUAAAGAAAAAACAGCUUUUAUCACACAAGAUGGUUUAUGGGAGUUCAACGUUCUUCCACAAGGUAUCAUGAAUGGACCCCCAACGUUUCAAAGAACUAUGCACAAUCUUCUUGGUUAUGGCCGCUGGGAUUAUGUUAUGGUUUAUUUAGAUGAUAUCCUAAUAUUUUCACGUAGUCUCAAUGAACAUCAGCAACAUUUAAAUGAAAUUUUAUCAAUAUUAGCUAAAGCCAACUUCCAAGUGAAUCCUGAUAAAUGUUCCGUUGCUGUUCAAGAAAUCGAGUUUUUAAGUCAUACAAUCAAUGAACAAGGAAUUAAACCUAAUGGUGAUAAAAUUAAAGUUAUUAUCGAUUUACCAGCUCCACACACACUCAAAGAAGCAAAUGAAUUUUUAGGAAAAAUCAAUUGGUAUCGAAAGUUUAUUCCUAAUUUUGCGCAUAUAGCUGCACCAUUACACAAAGUUACGAAUAAAACAAAACAUCAUCGACAUGAAUUUAAAUGGGGACCUGAUCAGCAACAUUCAUUUGAUGAAUUUAAACGUAUUUUAACAACAUAUCCUUUAUUUUUAGAAUAUCCAGAUUCAUCAACUCCAUUUGUUUUAACAACUGAUGCCUCGGGUAUUGGCAUAGGUGGAAUUUUACGACAAGAUACACCGAGUGGUACCAAAAUUAAUUAUUUUAAAUCACGUGUUUUAGAUGAUACUGAACGUAAAUAUGAUACAAUUGAACAAGAAGCACUAGCUAUUUUUUGGUGCAUAUCUGAGCUUCGAUCAUAUAUAGGUGAUUCUGAUUUUAUUGCCGAAACUGAUCAUAAGCCACUUGAAAAUUUCCAUAAGAAACAAAUCAAUAAUAAACGAGUGAUGAAUUGGCUUUUUAAAUUACAAGAUAUUUUACCACAAAUUAUUGCCGUUAAGCAUCGACCAGGAGCACAUAAUGCAGCUGCUGAUUAUAUUUUACGACAUUUUCCACCAUCAACAUCUCCCAAUAUUAAUCCAUCUACAAUAAAUGUAACACAUGCUGAUCGGCCAAUUGGUACUGAACAUUGGGAUGAACACGUACCCAAGCCACAGUGUAUACAAUACACUGAACCAUCUAUUUUAAAACACACUUGUAUUCAUAAUGCGAGUAUCAAUGCACAAAUUAAUGCCGUUACAACAAGAGAACAAUCAAAACUUCAAGCUCAACCACGUUCAUCUUCAGCAAAUACAUCAUCUACAUCAACAACAUCUCAAUCUAGGUGUUCUUCUCCACCGAUGGCUACUCCAUUACAUGAUUUUAGUUUAUCACGUAUACGUUCCGAACAAGCACAGGACGUAAUUAUUCAACAAAUACUUCAGCAAAUUCGAAAUAAUCGUCGUUAUGAAUCGUUUACUAUUCAACAUGGCAUUUUAUAUAAAUUAGCUUAUCGCAAUGAUGCUACUAUUAAACUUGUUUAUGCACCUUCGAAAUUAAUUCCAGAAAUAAUGGCCGCUUAUCAUGAUCAUCCAUUAAGUGGUCAUUUUGGUACUGGACGUACAUGGUCUAUGUUACGAAACACAUAUUAUUGGCCACGUAUGAAAGAAACAAUCACAUCUCAUAUCAAAUCAUGUGAUAAAUGCUCACAAUUCCAUGUGGAUCGGCAUAAACCUCCAGGAUUUUUACAGCCUAUUCAGCCACCUAAUGAAGUUUUUCAAGUACUAGGUAUGGAUUGGUGGGGACCCACCACCACUUCGCUUUCUGGAAAUCGAUAUGUCUUAGUUAUAACUGAUCGCUUAUCUGGUUAUGUUGUUGCUAAAGCCUCACCUACAAAUACAGCUCAAGAUACUGCUCGUAUAUUAAUGGAAGAAAUUAUCUUAGUUCAUGGCUCACCUGACACAAUUAUUACUGAUCAAGGAACACACUUCAAGAACGAACUGUUGCAAGCUAUUUCAAAUUUAAUUGGUUGUAAACACAUUUUUUCGACACCAUAUCAUCCACAAACAAAUGGACAAACUGAACGAUGGAAUUCGACAUUUGUCACACAAAUCGCCAAAUAUUGCAACACUGAUCUAAACAAUUGGGACACUAUUUUACCAUCUAUCGUUUAUGCUUACAAUAAUGGGAUACAUAGCUCAACUGGAAUUAGCCCAUAUCAAUUAGCAUUCAGACGACGACAACGUCACCCAUUUAGCCCUCCUGCGACUACAUUCGUUUUCAGUAAACCACAUGAUUAUUGGGCCCAAGUGAUACAAUAUAGAAAUACAGCUUUAAAACAAGCAAAACAACACAUUAUGCAUCAACAAGAACUAUCAAAAAUUCGUUUUGAUAAAAAUCAGUCGCACCCGACUUUCGUUCUAGGUGACCUUGUAUGGAUGAAAAUUUUCGUUGGACGACAUAAACUUAAAGCUCGAUACACUGGUCCUGCUCGAAUCAUUCGAAUUCUCUCACCAGUAUCAUUUAUAGUUGAAGAUGAACAUUUACAACAAUUUCAAGUGCAUUCAAACAAUAUCAGACGUGUAUAUUCUCGGUCAUCAUCCUAA